UAUAGUCCCCUGCGUGCUUUAACGGUGCGUUCAACGCUUUGGUUAUAUACACUCUAUAACAUUUAGGGAAGGUUAUACCAAUUUCUCCCCCUCCGCUCCAGGUUUUAUUCAAUUAGAUGAGGCCCCUCCCCUUCACUGAUGACACUGACAGACCCUCCUUAAGUUGCGUCGCGCCACAGCUGUCUGCGAGCAUUGAGCUGCCUGGCGCCAUCCUGAAAGAAUGCCUUCACUGUAAAAAAAAAAAAAAAAAAAGCCAGAGAGGGGGUGGCGAAAGAGAGCAAGAGAGAGCGAGUAAGCGAGAGAGAGAGAGAGAGAGAGAGAGAGAGAGAGAGAGAGAGAGUUAGAGCCGGGGUGAUCGAGCAGGAGUCACAGAGAGGGAGAGGAGUAAAUGGAGAAGACUGCGCACAAACACAGAUUGGAUCAGAGAGUUGCUGCUCAGUGAAACAUCUGCACUAACUUGUUGAGCUGCAAAAGAAAAGACGAGGAAGUUGAAGAACUUCACUUUUGGACUUAUUAUCAGCACGCCAGCACCUUUGUACUGUAAUGGGUGAUCGAGAACAAACGUGGAACCUGUGGAUUUAACGACGCGUCUUAACGGAUUUGAUUGUUUUGCGCAUGAACAUUUGCUGAAGACAGAAAAACAAAGAUCAAGAGAAUGGAAGUAAGUGCGGAUCAGCCACGAUGGAUGAGCCAUCACCCGGCGGUUCUGAACGAGCAACACACCGGCUCGCAUCACCCGGGCCUGAGUCACACGUACAUGGACCCUUCGCAGUAUCAGCUCGCAGACGAUGUGGAUGUACUGUUUAAUAUCGAUGGACAGGGGAACCACGUCUCUCCGUACUAUGGAAACCCGGUCCGAGCCGUCCAGAGGUACCCGCCUCCCCCACACAGUGGUCAGGUGUGCCGUCCCUCGUUACUACACGGCUCCCUGCCCUGGCUGGAGGGCAGCAAAGGCAUCGCCCCCCACCACAGCACUUCUCCCUGGAACCUGAGCCCCUUCCCCAAGAACCCCCUGCACCACGGCUCCCCGGCCAGCCUCUCCGUCUACCCUCCGGCCUCCUCCUCCUCCCUGCCCACCGGCCACUCCAGUCCGCACCUCUUCACGUUUCCCCCGACCCCACCGAAAGACGUGUCCCCGGACCCCGGCAUCUCCACCCCGGGCUCCAGCAGCACCGGCAGACAGGAGGACAAAGAAUGCAUAAAGUACCAAGUGUCGCUGGCCGAGAGUAUGAAACUGGAGUCGGCCCACAGCCGGAGCGUCGCGUCCAUCGGAGCAGGGUCAUCCACUGCCCACCACCCCAUCGCCACAUACCCACCCUAUGUCCCAGAAUACGGCCCAGGCCUCUUCCCACCGAGUAGCCUGAUAGGUGGGUCCCCUUCUAGUUAUGGUUCCAAAACAAGACCAAAAACAAGGUCCUGUUCAGAGGGUAGGGAGUGUGUGAACUGCGGGGCUACGUCGACCCCUCUGUGGAGGCGGGACGGUACGGGUCACUAUCUGUGUAACGCCUGCGGACUCUAUCACAAGAUGAACGGGCAGAAUCGCCCUCUCAUCAAGCCCAAACGACGGCUGUCUGCAGCGCGCCGGGCAGGAACUUCGUGCGCAAAUUGCCAAACAACGACAACGACGCUGUGGCGGAGAAACGCCAACGGGGAUCCAGUGUGCAACGCCUGCGGCCUCUACUUCAAACUGCACAAUAUUAACCGACCUCUGACCAUGAAGAAGGAAGGCAUCCAGACCAGGAACAGGAAGAUGUCCAGCAAAUCCAAGAAGAGCAAAAAGUCCCAGGACAGCAUGGACGACUUCUCCAAGAGCCUGAUGGACAAGAGCAGCUCGUUCAGUCCCGCCGCCCUCUCCCGCCACAUGUCCUCCUUUCCUCCCUUUUCGCACUCAGGCCACAUGCUGACCACUCCCACGCCCAUGCAUCCUUCCUCCAGCCUACCGUUUGCCCCUCACCACCCAUCCAGUAUGGUCACAGCGAUGGGUUAAACCACAGACUGCCCCCCCCCUCCGCUUUGCCCCUUGGUACCUCUACUGACCUGACAAAAAAAACUGCACCUCUGCCCAAACUAAGCUCCCCUGUCCCACCAGACAGGACUUUACUCUCUGUUUUAUCUUAUUUUUAUAAAAUCAAAGUGUAGCUGAAUGCUUCGCAGACUUGACUGUGGCACACUGACCUCCAGAAGGGGGGGCUGCCCUCCCCCCCAAUUCACCCCACCACCACCUCCUCCUGCACACCCCACCAAAAGGAACUCCAUUUGUGUACAAAAAGCCAUCUUGCUCAUUUUGUGAUGCCCCUACCCUGAAUCUCCCGCUUGUCCUCACCUUUGAACCUGUGUAACAGGAGCCCCCUCACCUGCUCUCACUCCGCUGAAGACGAGGAGAGACAGACGUUGAAUAUAUUUGUACAAAUUGUAUGAAAUACAGUACGUUUAAUGAAGACUUUUUAAUUAACUAACAGAAAAAAGGAAACUUGCCCGUGGGCAGCUAACGACGAGAAGGGUACGAGUUGAAGCAGGUGGAGAGACCUGCCGCCCGAGGAGAGAGCACGGGAGGGAAUGGAGAGACUUUUCAGAAAGGGCAGGCCUCGGUUUUUGCUUUCUGCGAAUUGUGUUGCAUUACAUUUGAAGAGAAUCUGCACCGCUGGCUGCAGGCAUCUUUCUUAUUUUCAUUUUUGGAUGUGCUAUAGGUCUCGGGCAGUUGGUUUGUGUUGACACUUAAACACACACACUCUCUCUCACACGCACACACACACACGCGCACACACACAUUUGAUCACCCAAAAGACUUUUCCUGCUGCCCACAGAUUAUAUGCAUUGUGAAAAAAAAGUUCCUUGUAUUUGUUAUUUGUAUGUAUAAAAUCAGAGUACCAAAAAUACGAAAGAAACAAAGAUGUAGAAUUAUUUCUUUAUGUUAUGCAGACUGAAUGGUUGUAAAAAUUUAAUAAUAAUCACUAGUGUAAAAUAUGACUGCUUUUUUGUUUCGUAAUUUUCCCCCCUCACUUUGAAAAUAAUAAACUAGUUUAAUCUCUGUUGACAUGUUA